GUUACGUUUGGAGUACUGCUCCUUGAACCCGCAGAUCCGACGGUUCUAGCCUUAAACCCUAAACCCCACUCCCUUCAGCACAGUCUCUCUCUCUCUCUCUCUCUCUCUAUCUCUCUCUCUCUCUCUUCGAUCCAGCCAAUUGAAUCCCCAUUCUGCUAUCGCUCUCUCCCAACUUCUGUAUAUUUCCGCCAUGCAUCGAGUUGGUGCAGCCCUAGCUUCAUCUAUCAGGUCCUCUGCUUCCAGGAAACUGGUACAAAGUAGAGUUUUACACGACAGAAAUUAUGUGGCUAAAGAUAUCAAUUUUGGUACCGGUGCUCGAGCGGCUAUGCUACAGGGUGUUAAUGAGCUUGCAGAGGCUGUUAAAGUCACCAUGGGUCCAAAGGGUCGUAAUGUAAUUAUCGAGAAAAAACAUGGAGCUCCUAAGGUCACAAAGGAUGGUGUCACUGUGGCCAAAAGCAUAGAAUUUGGGGAAAAGGCUAAAAAUAUUGGCGCCCACCUUGUAAAGCAGGUCGCUAGUGCGACUAAUUCUGCAGCGGGAGAUGGUACCACUUGUGCCACUGUCCUCACACAGGCAAUAUUCAUGGAAGGUUGCAAGUUAGUAGCGGCUGGUGUAAAUGUGAUGGAUUUACGUACAGGUAUUAAUAUGGCAGUUGAUGCUAUUAUAGCUGACUUGAAGAACAAAGCCCUGAUGAUAAGCACACCAGAAGAGAUAACACAAGUCGCCACUAUUUCUGCCAAUGGUGAGCGUGAAAUUGGGGAACUGAUAGCACGAGCAAUGGAGAAAGUAGGGAAGGACGGAGUCAUCACUAUUGCUGAUGGAGUUACUUUAGAAGAUGAAUUGGAUGUUGUGGAGGGGAUGAAGCUAGGCAGGGGUUAUAUAUCUCCUUAUUUUGUUACUGAUCAGAAGACCCAGAAAUGUGAACUGGAAAAUCCCCUCAUCCUUAUCCAUGACAAGAAAAUUUCAGACAUGAACUCCCUUGUGAGAAUAUUGGAGCUGGCUGUAAAGAAUAACCGACCGCUGCUUAUCGUUGCUGAGGAUGUGGAAAGUGAUGCACUGGCUAUGCUGAUUAUAAACAAGCAUCGUGCUGGGCUUAAGGUUUGUGCCAUUAAAGCUCCUGGUUUUGGAGAAAACAGAAGAGCUAAUUUAGAUGAUCUUGCUGUUCUUACUGGGGGAGAGGUUAUCACUGAAGAGCGGGGCUUAAAUCUUGACAAAGUUCAAGUGGAUAUGCUUGGUAAUGCUAAAAAGGUCACUAUUUCUCUUGAUGACACCAUAAUUCUACAUGGGCACGGGGAUAAGAAGAUGAUUGAAGAAAGAUGUGAGCAGCUAAGGGCCAGCGUUGAGAAGAGCACUGCUAUGUUUGACAAGGAGAAAGCACAGGAGCGGUUGUCGAAACUAUCUGGCGGUGUUGCUGUUUUCAAGGUUGGGGGAUCCAGCGAGGCGGAAGUUGGAGAAAGGAAAGAUAGAGUUACAGAUGCUUUAAAUGCCACAAGAGCAGCUGUGGAAGAGGGAAUUGUUCCAGGUGGUGGGGUUGCUCUCUUGCACGCUACCAAAGUCCUGAAGAACCUUCAAACGGCAAAUGAAGACCAGAAGAGAGGGAUCCAAAUAAUCGAGAAUGCUUUAAAGGCACCUACUUUUACUAUCGUAUCAAAUGCUGGUGGUGAGGGUUCUCUGGUUGUUGGAAAGCUUUUGGAACAAGAUGAUCCGAGUUUGGGUUACGAUGCUGCCAAAGGCCAGUACGUUAACAUGGUGAAGGCUGGAAUUGUCGAUCCUCUCAAAGUAAUCAGAACAGCCUUAGUAGAUGCUGCCAGUGUCUCAUUGUUACUGACAACCACGGAAACUACUGUUGUUGACCUUCAAGGAGAGAAAAACCCACUUGCAAAUCGCAUGCCAAAUAUGGACGACAUGGGUUACUGAUUAAGUUGACAAACAACUUGAAGUUUUGAAAAUGGUUGAGAAGCUAUAUCAUGGUUUUGUAUCAAUUUGAGGCCUGUCGGAUUGUUCCGACAGUUGCCAAAAUUUUCAUUCGGCAUACGAAGAGGACUGCGGCCAUUAGUAGAAAUAGCUAUUAUGUGAAGUACAGUUAUGGUAUUCCAAGUUGCAAGGCUUCUGAAUUCUGACUCUUAGUUCUAGUUAUUCAUUUAGACAGCUGAGAAGAUGCACGAGAUCUAGUCUAAUGGAGGUUUAUGUGCUGCAGAUUGGAAGUGGUUGACAUUAAUAAAGACUUGUUAUUUACUUCUUCA